AUGGUUUUUAGCUAAAACUGUCUUAAUGUUGGAGAAAUAUAUGAUUUUGUAUAAUAACAAUGCUUAAAAUGCGAUGAUCAUUGUAAUACAUGUAGUGGAUUAACUUAAAAUGAUUGUUUGACUUGCAUGAAUAACUAUUAUAGGUAAGGAGUUGAUAAUUCUUGUUAAGAAAAAUGUGUUUCAGGAACGUAUAUAAACCAAAAAACAAAUACGUGUGAAAUUUGCUCAGUUUUAGGUUGUGAUUAAUGUCUUUAAAAUUAAAGAUGUAUUAAAUGCACUGAAAAUUUGAAAUUAGAUGAAUAAUCUGGAUGUGUCUUGAAUGAUAAUACAUGCAGUUAAUAAUAGUACUAUUCCUUAUUUUUAAAAUAAUGCUUUUACUUAUGUAGCGAAAAUGAAAUAAAAGAUUAAAAUACAGUACUCUGCAUCCCUAUUUAGAAUUGCAACUAUUUCCAAGAAAUAUAAAAAAAUGAUUUGUUCUAAUCAGUAUCAGUAGAAACCUUUAUUGAUAAUGGAUUUCUAUUAAUAGGAGAAUCUUUAUGUUAGUUCUACCUAUACAAUUAAAAUCUUGAGACUGUUUAUUCAAAUUUAUUAGUUUAAAAUCCAUAAGACAAAACAGUUUUUUAUGGCUAAUAAAAUUUUUAUGAUAGAAAUGUAGGAGGAUGCUAAACAUAGCAAACAUUAAUUGGAUUUAAUUUUUUAACUUAUCAAAUAGAAUUCAAUAUAAAUAAUGAAUUGAAUACUUAAUAUAGUCUCUUCUAACUAGAUGCAGAGAAUCAUAUAAUUGUUUUACAGAAGAAUUAAGGAGGAUUUAUCUUUUUUGAUUAUUUAAAUAAUGAAGAGAUUCUCAUAGAAACAAAUAAUUUAUAUAUUUAUAACUUUUAGAGAAAGUUAAAGUGCAGUGCUUUAUUUUAGAAGAGAAAAUAAAAUAAUUAAAUUUGA